GUGGUGACGCCGAGGCACGUGUGCAGCCCCGGAAGCGAGUCCCGGCCGCAGCGGAGCGCGCGCAGCAGGAGGAAGAGCAGCCGGGCGCUGCGGGGUCGGGUCCGGCUGGGCCAUGGAGCGGUUGUCCGAGCCCGCGCCCCGGCCCGGGCCCGGCUGUCUCCUCUUCCUCCCUCUGCUCCUGCUGCUGCCCGCCCCGGAGCUGGGCCCGAGCCCGGCCCACGCCGAGGAGACCGACUGGGUCCGGUUGCCCAGCAAAUGCGAAGUGUGUAAAUACGUCGCUGUAGAGCUCAAGUCGGCCUUUGAGGAGACGGGCAAGACCAAGGAGGUGAUUGACACAGGUUACGGCAUCCUGGACCGGAAGGCCUCCGGGGUCAAGUACACAAAAUCGGACUUGCGCCUAAUCGAAGUCACGGAGACCAUUUGCAAGCGACUCCUGGACUAUAGCCUGCACAAGGAGAGGACGGGCAGCAACCGCUUUGCCAAGGGCAUGUCGGAGACCUUUGAGACGCUGCACAAUCUGGUGCACAAAGGGGUCAAGGUGGUGAUGGACAUCCCCUACGAGCUGUGGAACGAGACCUCUGCGGAGGUGGCCGACCUCAAGAAGCAGUGUGACGUGCUGGUGGAAGAAUUCGAGGAGGUGAUCGAGGACUGGUACCGGAACCACCAGGAGGAGGACCUGACCCAGUUCCUGUGUGCCAACCAUGUUCUGAAGGGCAAGGACACCAGUUGCCUGGCGGAGCAGUGGUCGGGCAAGAAGGGGGACACAGCGGCGCUGGGGGGGAAGAAGCCCAAGAAGAAGAUCGGCGGGGCUAAGGCGGCGGGCGGCGGCAGCAAACAGCGGAAGGAGCUGGGGGACCCCAGCCCCGAGGACGAGGACGAGGAGGGCAUCCAGAAGGCGUCCCCCCUCACGCACAGCCCCCACGACGAGCUUUGAGCCUGACCCAGAGUUCCUGGAAUGAGACCCCUGACCUGGAAGCCGGCGACACGGACCUUGGCGGGUUGCCCGAGAGGGAGGGACAGACACGCUGGCCACACAGGACCCGGGCGACCCCUGGCCGGAACGUGACUCAAGGGGCCGGAACCCUCAGGAACUCACAGAGGGGGGCCCUGCGCUCGUCUCCCCGCCCCCCACAGUGAAGCAGGACUGCAGCCCGUCCCAUUCCUCCCCCCCUGGACACCUGUGCUCUGCCUGGCCCUAUCCAGGGCGCACGGAGUGAAAUGUUUCGGGGCCUGAAGCGAUAGCACAGCGGGUCGGGCGUUUCGCCUUGCACGCGGCCGACCCGGGUUCGAUUCCCAGCAUCCCAUAUGGUCCCCUGAGCACUGCCAGGAG